AUGGCAUACACGACAUUCGAGGGCACACACAAAACGGACGACGGCGUUGAGCUGUACACCAAAACGUGGAAGGUGUCGGACGAUGCGGCCAAGGCACGCAUGCUGUUUGUGCAUGGCUUCAGUGACCAUUGCAACAAUUACCCAGUCUUGUUUGAGCACUUGGCUAACCAGGGUAUCGAUGUCUAUGCCUUUGAUCAACGGUAA